GCAUUUCCCGCGCAUGCUCUCACCCGCAAUCUGGAUGUUACAAUACAAGCCCGAUGACCGCAAACCUCGGCACCGCCACAGCUGUCCGCCAUUUCCCCAAUACUGCCACGAAUGUGAUCAAUAAAUCGUGUCCAUUGACAACUACCUAGAUACUCAACCUGCCCUUUGCUCGAACCGCCAGAGACGCCUCUUAGAGCAUCACGUCUGCGGUCAUGUCCCAUUAUCGGAUCAACCUGUACCUGAGAUAAAGGUACAUCCUCCCCUCAAACAUCAUGAUAUCAGCCACACGUCGCUGGCUCAGGCGGAAUCGCACUGGGAUCGCAAUCGGCGCUGGCGUAGUUGGUGCAACAUAUCUGGCUGGUCAAUAUGUGCUUGGGAAGAUACAAGAAGCGCGGGAGCGCAUGCAGAUGGACAGGAUAGCGAAAGAGAACAUUCAACGACGCUUUGAACAGAAUCAGACAGACUGCACGAUAACAGUCCUUGCCCUCCUACCCACUUUGACCGAAAACGUCCUCGAAGAAUUACCCGUCGAGCAAUUGACUCACGAACUGCAACAGAAGAAAGCAGAACGGCUGGCACGUGCCUCAGGAGAAGGAAGGUCAGAAGCCUCCAGUCUACAUGAUGGCGAUACCGUCAGCAUGUCCAGCUUUCAGACUGGAAGUUUUAUGCACACCAGCCAGAUACCAGGAGACGGAAGUCAGCCGAGUCCGCGCAGGACAAAAGCACAACUCUGGAAUGAGUUGAAGAUUACUUCCAUCACCAGAGCAUUCACACUGAUCUACAGUCUAUCACUGCUAAUGAUACUGACGCGGAUACAAUUGAAUCUACUCGGGCGACUCAACUACCUAUCGUCAGUCAUCUCUUUGACCCAGCCUCUGCCGCCAGGAAGAGCGAACUCGAUCUCGUUAGAAGAUCAUGACGAUGCAAGUAUGGGGGCAGGUGUCGGCAAUGAUUUCGAGACCAAUCGAAGAUACUUGACUUUCUCAUGGUUUCUCCUACACAGGGGGUAUGCACAAAUCAUGUCGAAAGUGAGAUCUGCAGUGUUGGAGGUGUUUGGCAGCAUCUCUCCCAAUGAAGGAGUUUCGGCCACAAGGCUCAGUGAGUUGGUCCUGGCAGUCCGAAGGCGCGUUGAAGGCAGCUCCGAACAAGAGAGGUACGCGACGAGAUGGCUGCCAUAUAUACUACCGCCACGCGAAGAGGAAGAGACAGUCUUGAUCGAAUCGGGCGUCAUCACUCCCAGUCCUUCCUCACCAGGACAGGCUUCCCAAGAGGAGGCUGGGCUUGGACACAACUCCUCCGUCAACAUUGACACAUCUAGUGGGCCGCUUCGGCAACUGCUUGACGAAACCGCUGAUUUGAUCGACUCGCCUAUCUUCACACGAAUUCACACCCUCCUCCUAGGAUCGAUGUUUUCACGCCUGGUUGACGCCCAUGUCAUCGCCCAGACCUUCCCUCAGCCGCCACAACAAUCUCUAUAUGCGUCAUCCCAAACCCCGCAGCAUCCUCGAAUCCAGGAACUGGAUUCUUCAGUUACCGUUGUACCUGGCGAGCCUCGGGUGAAACUUGCCAGUCUCCUGGCCAUCGUUACCCGCCAGGCACACGCAAUCGGCAACGGGAACAAUCCCCCUAAUGAGUAUAUAUCAACAGCAGAAUCAGAAGUGAAGGAGCUCGAGGCUUUUGCUGCCCUUAUCUAUGCCAGUAACCUGGAAGAGAAACUGGAGGAGAACAGGGCAUCCUCUGAGAGCGGACUGAAAGCAUCUUCAGGAAUGGGCGUGAGCGAAGUGGGUACUCAGAACGUGGACGAGAUGAUUGAGAGCAAACUCGAAAGUGCGUGGACCAAGGUUAGUGGGACGAGUUUCUCGUCAAGAUGACAGCGAUUUAUACUGUGAGCGGAUUGCGCAGAUGACGUUUCUACACAGUCGACAUGAAGGUCAACAGCAGACAUCCAAUGGACGACCAUCAUGUAGGCUGUUGAUAGCAGAGCAUGGCUAUAGCGACUUGUGACCUGAGGGCAUUCGGAGCCAAAGUCAGAAUCAUCUGGCAAGUGCUACGACUGCAUGUAGAAGAAUGGAA